AUGAAAAAUUGGGAAAAAAAUUUUUUUGGGGAAUUUCGACUUUUGCUUGCCCCCAUUUUUUUAUUUUACUUCAAAGUUGGUGACCCGGUUUAUUUUCGACUUUAUCGGCUCGGUUGGGGAAUCUUAGUUAAAGAUGACAACGACUGUCUCAAUUGGCGUUCCUGGCCUGAAGUUUUCCUUUCUAGUGAUCGUGGACAUCGUGACUGGCUUUACCAUUCGCUCGAUUUUAUUUUCUUUGUCUCAUGGGCAGUUGCCCUCGCUGGAUUGGCUGUAACUUUGGUUAAAACAUUUGCCCCAUAUGCUUGUGGCUCUGGUAUACCAGAAAUUAAAUGUAUACUUUCUGGUUUUAUAAUACGUGGCUAUUUGGGCAAAUGGACGUUUAUAAUUAAAUCUGUUGGGUUAAUUUUGGCUUCUGCUUCAGGCCUAAGCCUUGGCAAAGAAGGACCAAUGGUUCAUUUAGCCUGUUGUAUAGGCAAUAUAUUCUCCUACCUCUUCCCAAAAUAUGGAAGAAAUGAAGCUAAAAAACGUGAAAUAUUGAGUGCUUCUGCAGCUGCCGGUGUUUCUGUUGCUUUUGGUGCUCCAAUUGGCGGGGUUAUGUUUAGUCUUGAAGAAGCAAGUUAUUAUUUUCCUUUAAAAACUAUGUGGCGCUCCUUCUUUUGUGCUCUUGUUGCUGGAGUUGUUUUGCGCUUUGUUAAUCCGUUUGGAAGUGAUCAGACUUCUUUAUUCCACGUUGACUAUUCUAUGCGUUGGACAUUUAUGGAAUUAAUUCCUUUUGCAGCAUUGGGUAUAUUUGGAGGUCUUCUUGGAAGUUUAUUUAUAUGGUCAAAUAUAAAAUGGUGUGCUUAUCGUAAAAAUACUCAAUGGUUAGGGCAAAAUCCGAUAUAUGAAGUUUUGAUUGUCUCUGCAGUAACUGGAGCUUUGUCUUUUUUUAAUCCGUAUACACGCAAAAGUGCUAGUUCUUUGAUUAAACAGCUCUUUGAUCGUUGCGGACCAGAAGAUUAUGGACAAAAUUUGUGUGAUUAUAAUAGAAAUUUUACUUUUGGACAAGUUGUGGAUAAAGUUGAUGAUAAUUAUCAUACAGGAGAUUUGGGGAGUGGAUUACAGACAGCAAUAUUUCAACUUGUUAUGGCUUUAUUUGCAAAAUUACUUUUUACAAUUUUUACUUUUGGUGUAAAAGUUCCUUCAGGCUUAUUUGUUCCAAGUUUAGCAAUGGGGGCAAUUGCUGGACGUCUUUUAGGAAUUAAAGUAGAAGGGUUAACUUAUGCUUUACAACAACAAUACCCAAAAAGUGAUUUGUGGAUGUGUAGAAUUGGAAGGGAUUGUGUUAUGCCUGGUUUGUAUGCAAUGGUGGGGGCUGCUGCUGUUCUGGGAGGAGUUACUAGAAUGACAGUCUCAUUGGUUGUUAUAAUGUUUGAAUUGACUGGUAGUCUAGAAUUUAUUGUACCAACAAUGGCAGCAGUAAUGUUUGCAAAAUGGGUUGGAGAUGCUAUUUAUAAAACGGGAAUAUAUGAUGCUCAUAUAGAAUUGAAUGGAUAUCCAUUUCUUGACAAUAAAGGAGAAUAUCCAUAUUCAACAGUUGCCGCCCAAGUAAUGCGUCCAAGUAAUGAAAUGCGUGUUAUUGAACAAAAUGGAAUGUCUGUUGGAGAAUUAGAAACUGUUUUGAGGGAAUCUAAUUGUAAUGGUUUUCCUGUAGUUAAUGAUGUUAAUCAAAUGUUAGUUGUUGGAUUUUGUACAAGGUUUGUUGUUGUUUUGGGGGGAAAUUAUAAAAAAAUUUUUAUUUUAUUUUUUAAAACCCUAAAUUUGGACCUUUUGGGUAAAAAAACCUAA